AGUCAAUAUGCGCCACAUUUGCGUUGGCUUUGUUUUCUUCAAUUGCAACAGAAGCUGUUUUGUUUAAUCGUGCACCACAAUUCAAUUUCCUAUUCAAUUUUGUCUUUUCUAAAAUGUCUAAAGAUGACAAGGAGGUUAAAAUACCAAUUGUUGACAAAGAAUUGGAUUUGUCGAAUGCUGGACGGGGCGUUUGGUUGGUUAAAGUACCCAAAUAUAUUGCUCAAAAAUGGGAGAAAGCUCCCUCAAACAUGGACGUUGGCAAGUUGAGAAUCAGUAAAACACCCGGACAGAAGGCACAGGUAUCGUUAAGUUUGUCACAAGCAGUUGUAAAACUAGAUCCACAGGAGGAAAUACCUACGGAACAUAUACUCGAUGUCUCAGUGGUAACUAAACAGACAUUGGGUGUUUUUUCACAUAUGGUACCACAGGAAGCGGGUAGUGGCAGCAGCAGUAAAGAUACCUCAGCUAGCACGCAAAGUUCCGAGAAACUUUACAUGGAAGGUAGAAUAGUACAAAAAUUAGAAUGUAGACCUAUUGCCGAUAAUUGUUAUAUGAAAUUAAAAUUGGAAUCUAUACGCAAGGCGUCGGUGCCCGUUAGAAAAGUGCAGCCAAUUGAUAAGAUUGUUCAAAACUUCAAACCUGUCAAAGAUCAUGCUCACAAUAUCGAAUAUAGGGAACGCAAAAAGGCCGAAGGUAAGAAGGCCCGUGAUGAUAAGAAUGCUGUUAUGGAUAUGCUCUUCCUUGCCUUCGAAAAACAUCAGUACUACAAUAUUAAGGAUUUGGUUAAAAUUACAAAACAACCUAUUGGUUAUCUGAAGGAAAUUCUGAAAGAAGUGUGUGAUUAUAAUAUGAAAAAUCCACACAAAAAUAUGUGGGAGUUGAAAAAGGAAUAUCGCCAUUACAAGACUGAUGACAAGAAAGAUGAAGACAAACCAAACACGGAUAGUGAUUCAGAUUAGUGAUAAAUUAAUUUGCACGAGUUUCAAACCGUAAAUAAUUCAAUUGUAAUGUGUUCGUGUGCAGAUGAUAUACACUUUGUUCUUGUGAAUAAUAAAUAGUUAGUUAUUUUUUUUUUUUAUAAAUGCUGAAUAUAACUUUGAAUUUUUCUGGCAUUUUUAAUGGGGAAAAUUUAAAUAUAAAAUUAUGGGGUAGUAUCCAUUAAGAAAAUACAACAAAAACUGAGGACUAGUCAGCCACUGCCUUUACCAAUAUCUAAAAUGUCUAUGUCCCUUAUAAUGUUAUAAAUUAGCCCCUAAACAUACUACAACACUAAAGUUGAGUUGCAAUGUUUAAUCCCCUUAACGUUUUGUAUUUAGUUUGCAUUCAAUUGAUUGAUAUGUUAUGUUGAUAUCUUAUUCUUUUAUAUACAAAGUUGACUGUUGUCCAUUUUAAAAUAUUGGUACCAAUUACACUCUUUUUUAUGUAGAGCAAUUAAUAAAACGUCAUUUGAUUUGUAUACGAACUAAGUCAUCGUGCUCCAAAACCACGUCUUACAAGGUAUACUCAAAAUGUUCAAUUUGAAAAUGCCACCGUUGGAUAAUUUUAAAGCAGCGCAAAAUCAACAAUUUGCCUCAGUUUGAAACCCAAUGAUUUUUCGCCGACAUUGACGUUAGUAUAGAAUUAAAAAACAACCAUAUGGGUAGUAGUUGAUACCCCCGAUCGAAGGAUAUAUAAAAUAAUUUUAGUCAAUUUUAAAUUUAAUUGGGUUUUUAUUUAAAAUGAUGUAUGCAUUGAUUUGUUUUUUUUUUACAUUAUUUCUUAAUAGACUUGAUUUCGUACUGUAAAAGUAUUAGCAUCUAAUAUCAGUUUAUUUUGUAAAAAUGUUUUCCUUGUUAAUUUUCAAAUUAUGAUUCAAAAGUUCUCACAUUCUCUACAGUCAGACUGCUGCUAUUCAUAUAUUUGUUGUUAAUUAUUAUUAUUAUUUUGUUUUGUAUAUAUAUAAAUAUAUUUUAAUAAUGCACAGAUGAAA